AUGGAUCCCAAACUGCAAAGUCGAUUGCUGGAAGAUGAUGUAUUUCAUGAAUUCCUUAAGGAUGAUUUUGAUGUCCAGGAGCAUACUAACAAUGUCAUGCAAAGCAUGGCUAUAUCACAGCAGUUAUCAAAACUGGUUGAGGGCAUCUCAUUAUUGGACCAAGAACUACAUUCACAGGUUGUUGCCCGGCAUGAGGAUUUGUUAUCACAGGCAACUGGAAUUGAAACGUUAGAGGUUGUUCUGCAGAUGAUGCAGACUAGAAUUAAGUCAUUGCAGGCUGCUGUAGAAAGGAUAAGGGGUAAGGUUGUUGAACCAUACAGUAUCGUGGCUAGGACAGCACAACUUAGAAGAUUACAGGAAGCAUGUGAUCUUCUAAGACGUAUCAUCAGAAUUUUAUAUCUCAGCAAAAGACUUCAUAGCCAGUUACAAGGUGGGGCCAGAGAGAUCACCAAAGCUGCUCAAAGUCUGAAUGAAUUAGAUUACUUGUACCAAGGUGUUGACUUGGAAGGUAUUGAAGUCAUAGAACAAGAUACACAAUUUAUAGAAAAAGCCAGGAAAGAUGUUGAAGCACAAGCUGAGAAAAUGCUGGAACAAGGCAUGGAAACACAGAAUCAAACCCAGGUUGCCACUUCCUUGCAAGUAUUUCACAAUCUUGGUUGUUUGACUGAAGUAGUCAAUAGAGUGGUGUGCAAUAUUCGUAAAUCUCUUGAAAGAAAUGUCAUUGAAGCUGUAGAUGUGAGACUGAUAUCACAGAGUCAGGCCCCUGGAAAGGGUGGUCCUGGUCAUGCUGCCAUGCCAAUGCCUGGCAAUACGGCUGCUUUUAGAGCCUCAUUAUGGACCAAUAUGGAAAAAUUAAUGGAUCAGAUUCAUGCUGCGUGUGGACAGAUUCAGCACCUUCAAAAAGUACUUGCUAAGAAGAGAGAUCCAGUCACUCAUGUUUGUUUCAUUGAAGCUCUAAUCAAGGUAAAUAAUCUAGCAAUCCAACACAUGCCAUUACACAAUGCAACGUUUUCUUAUUUUAAUUUCAGUCCUGAACAAGCAUUAAAAGAAUCAUUGUCACCUUUUGAAAAUGCUUAUUUAUCAAGAUCGUUAUCUCGACUGUUUGAUCCAAUUAACCUAGCGUUCUCUGGUGCUUCUAAUCCGCCCUCCAAUGAAGAAGUUGAUAAUAUCAUAAAAACUAUUGCUAGUGAGUUGAAUGUUGCCAGCGUUGAUGAUGGCCUAAGUAUUACCAUAUCACGUAAUGUUAGCAAAACAGUACAGUUAUAUACAGUGAAAAGUGAACAGCUGCUCUCAACGGAUGGUGAAGCCAGUCAAGUUAUUGGUCCACCCACCAAUGGACAGACGAGAAAUGCUGCUGUAGUCAAUAGUCUCUUUUACUUGCAUCAAGCAAUCACCAAGGUUAUUUCUGGAAUCAGUAACUUCCCAGAACAAGCUAUAGAGGCUAUACAGAACUCACUGCAGGAUGUAGUACAAUUAAUGUCCAAUGCUAUAAAACCGUUGCUCACUUCAGUUGCUGACUCAGUAGAAGCAAUCAUACUUACAAUGCAUAAUGAAGAUUUCUCGGGACCUGCCAAGGAAGAUGGUGAGAAGUCAAUAGAAGGACCGUGUUCUCUAUACAUGAAGGAACUGCAAGGAUUUAUCUCUAGAGUGCAGUCAGAUUAUUUAACACAAUUCAAAUGUACUGACUUUGUUAUGGACAGUGUUCUGCCAUUGGCUUGCCGAUCAAUUGAAUUAUUUGUACGCCAUGCUAGCUUACUAAGACCAUUAGGUGAAGGGGGCAAGAUGAAACUGGCAGCUGAUUUUGCCCAGAUGGAAUUAGCUGUUGCACCAUUCUGUCGAAGGAUAACAGACCUUGGACGUCACUAUAAAUUAAUAAGAUCAUUUAGACCAUUAUUAUUCCAAACUGCAGAGCAUAUAGUUAAUAGUUCGGCACUGGGUGAAAUCAUACAUUAUAGUACUGUGUUACAUUUCUUGUUUGCCAAGGCACCACUUGAUCUCAAGUCACCUCACCAGGUUGCUGAUUGGUCUGCAAGUCGUUAUUCGCAAUGGUUAGAUGAACAUACUUCAGAAAAAGAGAGGCUAACAUUGGUCAGGGGGACAUUAGAGGCUUAUGUGCAAUCGGUAAGAGCAAGACAAGGCAAGGAAUUCGCUACAGUGUAUCCAGUAAUGUUACAAUUGUUACAACAAGGAUUACAAACUCUAGAAUAG